CUUACAUUUUGAUGAUCCUCGAAGAUCAUCUUCCUCCUUAAAAACCAUCAAAAUCUCUGAGAAACCCAACUCAGAUUAAUGGGUUGUUGCGGCAGUAAAAACCUACCACAAUCGGAUCUCGUCACUAAUCGAGAGCCAGUGACCGUUCUGGGGAAGCCAUUGGAAGACAUUGAAAAGCAUUACAGCCUCGGGAAGGAACUGGGCAAAGGAGGUUUUGGUGUAACCUACGUGUGCGAGGAGAUCUCCACCGGAAAAUGCUUCGCCUGCAAAUCAAUACCAAAGAGGACACUAAGCAGCGAGGAACAGAGAGAGGCUGUGAAGAGAGAGAUCGAGAUAAUGAAAGACCUCUCAGGAGUUUCAAACAUCGUACAGAUCAAGGAUUCUUACGAGGAUCGAGACUUCGUACACAUCGUAAUGGAACUGUGUGGUGGUGGUGAGCUGUUCGACAGGAUCGAUGCUCUGGUCAAGUCCCAUAGCUGCUACUCGGAGAAAGAUGCUGCUGGGAUCUUCACGUCGAUUGCGAGUGCUGUGCAGAUUUGCCAUUCGGUGAAUGUGGUUCAUCGGGAUCUCAAGCCAGAGAACUUCUUGUUCUCGAGUGAGGAUGAUGAGAAUGCUAAUAAGCUCAAAGCAAUCGAUUUUGGCUGUUCUGUUUACAUCAAAGAAGGAACAGAAUUGAGGGAUAGAGUCGGCAGUAUUUACUACAUUGCUCCUGAGGUAUUACGAGGGGAAAGCUACGGGAAAGAAAUCGAUAUUUGGAGUGCAGGUGUUAUAUUGUACAUCCUACUCAGUGGGAACCCACCAUUUGAAACUGAAGAUGAGAUUAGGGAAGGCAAGCUUGAUUUUGAGAGCCAACCAUGGCCUUCUAUAUCUUUGAGUGCAAAAGACCUUAUCAAGAAGAUGCUCAACAAAAACCAAAAGAAACGAAUCUCUGCUGGAGAGGUUCUUGAACAUCCUUGGAUCAAGACCGAAGCUUCCGAUAAGCCUAUUGAUGGUGUUGUUUUAACCCGUUUGAAGCAAUUCCGAGCUAUGAACAAGCUUAAGAAGCUAGCUCUUAAGGUUAUCGCAGAGGGUCUAUCGGAAGAGGAAAUCAAAGAUCUUAAAACGACGUUUGAGAAGAUGGAUACCGACAAAAACGGGUCAAUCACUUAUGAAGAACUCAAAACUGGUCUGCACAGACUUGGUUCGAAACUCUCUGAAGCUGAAGUGAAGGAACUCAUGGAAGCCGCUGAUGUGGAUCGUAAUGGAACAAUAGACUACAUCGAGUUUAUCUCAGCGACGAUGCAUAGACACAGAUUGGAGCGAGAUGAACAUUUGCACAAAGCAUUCCUUUACUUUGAUAAAGAUGGAAGUGGGCACAUAACGAAGGAGGAAUUGGAGAUAGCCAUGAAGGAGCAUGGUAUGGGAGAUGAAGCUUGUGCCAAAGAAAUUAUAUCAGAAGUCGAUAAAGAUAAUGAUGGAAGAAUAGACUACGCGGAAUUUUGUUCGAUGAUGAGAAAUGGCAACUUGCAGCCACAAGGGAAAAAACUUAUACUUUGAUUAUAUAAGCUCUUGUUUUUGUUUCGGUUGAAAGUGGUUUUGUUAAACCCGGGGAAAAAUAGCUAAACCGUGUAAACCGAGGUGAGAGUUGUUGAUAUUGAAAAACUUCUUCUUGUAACCAAACCCAUUUAUUUGUAAUUUUUCUUGAAAAACUCCUUAACCCUUGUGAAGACUUUAAAUAGUUUCA